AUGGCUAUCUGUCAUUUACAGAAUAUACCAAUAAUAAAGAAAAUAUCUGCAAAGUUUCUUUCACGUCAUAUGUACAUGGGAUUUUUACCACCAGGUCAAAACAUUUUGUUUUUAUUUAAUCGUAGACGAACCAAGUGUUCGAAUCCUUUCUGUCAGAAACACAGACGACAUGUAUGCAUGCAACAGACACAACAAGCUCAACCUGUACCAGUACGACAAUCAUAUUGGAGAUCAGUCCACAGGCAGUCACCAGAGAGAUGUGCUGAUGGGUAUGGACGCUGUCCACGGUUUAGGGUCGUGUAUCAACGAGCCUACAGAACAGUGUUCAGAAUGAGAAUAUCUCUACGAUUAGUACCUAAAUGUUGUCCUGGAUGGAAGAGGAUUUCACCUCAUGAUGCAGGAUGUUUAAAGCCUGUAUGUGAGAACGGAUGUGUUGGAGGUAUAUGUGUCGGUCCUAAUAAAUGUGAAUGCAAAGCCGGUUGGAUGGGACCAAACUGUACUAAAGAUGUAGAUGAGUGUGCUGGAUCUCAUGGUUGUAGUCAGGAAUGUCUCAAUCAACAGGGAAGCUAUGAAUGUGCUUGUUCUGAUGGUUUUACUUUAGAUUCUGAUAUGAAAAGUUGUAAAUUUUGUAUGUCCUGCACUAAAGAAUAUAGAGAAAUGCAAGAUUCCAUAGGGGUGUUGACCCGUAAAGUCCGAUCCAUAGAAGAUGUUGAGUUACAUGGUGCAGAUAAGAGACCAGUAACUACAGACACCAGUGAUCACCAGGUUAUGAACGAUAUGGCCCAAUCUAUUGGUGAAUUACAGAAGAAGGUUAACCAUCUAGAGAAGGAAAAGGAUAUGCUCAUGGGAAAUUUAACCAAAAUGGAGAAUAAUUUUAAACAUGCCAUGGAUGUAAUGGAUGAGAUAAAAGCCACCACAAAGCCAGUUACCGUUACACCGAGUACUACUACAACACUCGAUCCUUACAACCCUAAUCUAUACGCCGCCAAUCCGGAUGUGAUGCCCUUUGAUAGAAUAGCAUCACUCAGUGAACAGAUUUCUUUAUUAGAAGAGAGACUAGAAGGAUGUACUUGUAAAGAAUAUGAAGACUAUAAUCCAAGGGGGAGAAGAGGUGAUAUUCCGCGAGGUUAA